ACAGAGGGGAAGGUCGAGAAUUAAACAUGGCAGCGCGCAGUGUAAUGAGGUCCUUGUGGACCUCAUUUGCAGGUUUAAGACUAGGUCCCACAGACUUAAGCGUGAGCCCACUUCGAAGGCAAAAUGUUCCCCAGCUGUCUGCUUUAAUUGUCCAAAGCCGAGGGCUUCGUCAAGUGGUGGAGAAGCAAGAUGGCAAGACAACAACUAUUGAAGGGCAAAUCCUAGAAGUUCCUGCUGGACCGCAGCCUCCAAAUCCCUCAGCCAAGUGUCCUAUCUACAGAUGGAAUCUUCAACACAAAUACAACUACACGGAUGUCUUGUUGCUCAGUCAGUUCAUCAGAUCGGAUGGAGGGAUGAUGCCUAGGAGAGUCACUGGUCUUUGUUCAGAAGAGCAUCGCAAAAUUGCCAUCUGUGUGCAGAUGGCUCACAGAGCAGGUCUGCUCCCUGACCACAAACCCAAACUCCCAGAAGGUCAUGUCCCAAAGAAACCAAAGCCAAAACUUAACAGGUACCUGACUCGCUGGUCCAUUGACUCUGUGAAACCCAUCUAUAAAAGAGGACUGAAGUGGUGUAAGAAGAAAAUGGAUGUUGGCCACCCAGCACUUAAGAACAAUGUGCGUUAUACAAUGAAGCCCCUGAACAUGAAACACUGAACGACAGGAAGCCUGACAAAUCACAACAUUGGCUGAACAAAGAAGGUGGGCCAUCAGGCAUCAAGGUUGCUGUAGAAAGCUCCAUGUAUCUGGAGUUUACUUGGACUUGAGACCUAAACCAUCUGUAUUUAUUCUAACUUUUGUUUAUUGAGCUGCAGCAGACUUUUAAUGAAUCCACACCCAGGACCAUCUAUUCUGACUGUGGUUAUUAAAAAGGCCUUUAAAGUGAAAACACUGACAACUUAAUGUUAGCAACAACUGGGUGAGUGUUAUGUUUUCAAAGUAGGUGGUAUGUUGGCUGUGUAAACUUAAGGCAACGCAGAUGUUCAAAUAAAAUGUUUGUUUAUUCUACCUCCUAACAUGUGUUUACUGUGUAAGAAUAGCCUUUGUGAAAGAACUUAAAGGAAGAAACGGCUUGUAGACAUACUAUUUCCUAUAAUAUUUUAGUAUCAAGA